UCCAGUAGAUUUUGGAAGCCGCAAUAUAUAUAAACACACUUCUCCGCUGUGACAUAGUGCAACCUCAUACUUUAAUUAUCAAACCAGAUGAUCUCCCGUGUAUUUACGUUAGGACCCUAUGUAAACGGUGUUAUUUCCAUUUUUGUGGAAGCGCGCCGCCGCUCGCUGUACUCAAGUAGGGUGAAAAUCUUUGCCUGGAAUAAGUGCGUAGAACGUAACUCUACACCGCAUCCAUAUCAUUCCAUAAUAUUGUGGAAAGCAUUCAUCGUCGGCACUUGUGUCCCUGCGCAUUUGCAUGCAUAUUGAUUCGUUUUUCCAUUGAAAUCGUAUUUUAUUUUGCGAAGAGUUUGCCAUACACGCAUAAAUAAUUUUCGCGAAUGUACAUAUACUGUAUCCGCAUGCUGUGCACAUUUUGUGCAAGUUUGCUCAUUAUAACAAUAUUAUCAGCGACAUACGAUCUGACCUAUAAUUCAGGAUCCAUAUAAUCUGAUUCCGAGCGGAAGUAUCACUUGGGACGAGCCAAGCUUGCAGUGAGCUGGCUUUUGUUCACGGGAACGAUCUAAUUAUAUUGUAUUUUGUGGAAGCAGCGGGCGCGCGCACGGUGCAUCGUUCCGGUCCGCUUGCACCUUCUCAAGCGACACAAUAAUCUUGACGGUAGGAUUUAAAGUGGAUUUAUCGCCCACUUUGCCUUUCCUCUGGACAUCUAUAUUCCCAACAUGGGCAACCGUUCCACUGUCAUGCUGCAGAAGUCUGAAAUUGCGGAAAUCCAAGACGAAACCGGAUUUACCGCCAAUCAGAUCGUGCGCUUAUACAGCCGCUUUACAAGCCUGGAUAAAUCCAGCACAGGAUCACUGAGCCGGGCUGAUUUCCUGAGAAUUCCAGAGUUGGCUAUUAAUCCAUUAGGCGAUAGAAUUGUGCACUCGUUUUUCAAAGACUGCCCUGACGAUCAAGUGAAUUUUCGUCAGUUUGUAAAGAUUCUGUCGAUAUUUCGCCCGAUGAAACGGAGUCAAGAGCCCGUAAUGAAUACAAGGGAAAACAAGCUGAAAUUUGCUUUUCAAAUGUACGAUUUGGAUCAGGACAACAAAGUGUCAGCUGAGGAAAUACUUACGGUUCUCCAGAUGAUGGUCGGUGUAAAUAUCAGCGAUGACCAACUUCAGAAGAUUGCCGGCAUAACACUCCAGGAAAACGAUCGUGACCACGACGGCUACAUUACACUGGAGGAAUUCUGCUCUGCAAUGGCCGAAAGUGAUGUGGAUAAUCGACUUUCUUUACGAUUUCUUUCAUAAUCAAAAACUACAGAACUCUCUCUUUCUUGUUACUGUUAAAUGUCAAAGGCAGUAUUUCCAAAGAACAAAUCAUGCUCCCUUUUGUAUAGCUUUCCGCUUGACUGCCUCUGUUAUAUUUUUUCUUGGAAGCUUACGUGUACGUACAACAGCCUGUCUUGUGCAUAACAAAAAUGUUUGUUCCCAUA